AUGGAAAACCCGAGUCGCAAAAAACUGAAGUAUUUCGUUAAACAAAAGUACACGAGAGAACAGAAAAUCGUCGCCAGCGUCUGGUUCCACGAAAGACAUUACACCGGCAUGACCUACGAGCAGUUAAAAAUCAACUUCCAGGAGAGGUUCAAGUCGAGGCCGCCGACUCGCGGUCUCAUUUGGAAAUGGUCCAUGAAGUUGUUCGAAAACGUCAGUAGAGAUAAAAAGAGGAAAUGCAGUUUGGAUCGGUUGAUGUACGUGCCUUACAUAAAAGAGUCGUUUGUCAAGUUUCCUGAUUUAACUGUGAUCCAGAGGAGCGAUAUGCUGGGACUGGCGAUUAACACUCUCAGAAGGAUCAUUAAACUAGACUUUACUACAGAAGAGAUCGAGUUGUUAAAGAAGAAAGGACAGAGUUCAAAAGACGAUAAAAGUGAAGUGAAUGAUACUGAAGAUAGUGAAGAUACUAAACAGAUAGAGUUGAAAUAA